CACUGGUGGAUGUUGCCCUUGGCUUCGUUAAUAGCCUGGUAUGGGAUGCUCAUUGCGAUGUUGGCUUGUUGGUCGUUUCAGGGCCAUCCCAUAUAUUGGUUUAUGGACGUUAGGCAAUUUCCUGUCUACAUCUCAGAUAUUGGAGCUACAAAUCUCAAACCAUUGUUCAUAUCUUGUGCUGGGUUCCAGGGAUUGGCUUUCUUUUUAACAUUAUGCUGCGAGAGAUACUUAAGAGCCAAACAAAAACUAAUUCCAAACUUCAAUAAAAAGGAAGUUGUUUCUAGCUAUUUGUCUAUAUUCUUUUGUGCGAUUGGAGAAUUGGGCAUACUAUUUGUUUCAAUUUUUGAUACCCAUUUGUUCCAUACAGUUCACAUAACAAUGGUUGGAAUAUUUAUCAGUUUCAUGUUUUUCAGCUGUUUUUCAUUGAUAUUUGAAUAUUUUUCAUUGGGCAGAAAUUAUUAUAGAAAAUUCAAUGUGAAAAAAUACAACUACUUAAUGUUGUCAGCAAUAACUAAACUAAUUUGGUGUAUCUUUGCCAUGGGUCUUGCAAUUGGAUUUGGUGUUUGUAUGCGUAAACGUUUGCGUUCUCAAAGUGCAGCACUUGAAUGGACAUUAUCGUUUUGGUAUGGUGUCUUUUUAAUGAUAUUGAUAUUUGAUCUUUAUCCAGCUAGCACAAAAAAACAUGGCUAUGAAUUUAGAGAUUAUGAUGAAUAU